UCUACGACAACCCCCUACAAACAAAUGACUGCAGGGAAGACAGAGGAGCACAGGGUGAAGCGUCCUCUCAGGUCUCACUGGCUGCUGGAAAAAAACAGGUCAUUAAAAAUGCCUACAAAAACCAAAAAGUCCAAGUCAAACAGUGCCAAACCCAAGAAGAAGAGUGAGAAGAAGAAAUCAGCUAAGAAAAGGUCAGCAAGCGCCAAAUCCGCUCAGCCAGAGGUGGAUAUACUCAGUCCAGCUGCUAUGGAGAAUGCCUACUACAUUUCCCACAAUGCUGUGGACUUCCUGGAGUUCAGAGGAUUUGGGUGGCCUGAGGCCACAAAGAAAAAAGGAAAGAAAUCAAAGAAGAAACAAAAAAGCAAAAAAUGAAGUUACUUCUGUGGCAUUUUCUUUUAUAUAUAUAUUUUUUUCAUUAAAUUGUCAAUGCUGAUGUAGACAUAGACUCAGGAAGUUCACAUCCUUCACUAUUCCAGACCAGCAGAUGGAUCAACAAGGAAACCUCUAUUUUUUAAUUCAGUUUGUUUUUCUGAGGAAUGGAACAAUAUGGAUUUAUCCACCUUAUCCACUUACAGAUGGAUGCAGAGUGUGUGAGACAUCACAUUCAGCCGUGGAUCUUUCUGAAGAACAGAUCGCCAUAUAGAGCAAAUUAGCUUGUAACAACUUUCUCACAAUCUUUAAGAGUUUCUACAGUAAAUAUUUUGUAGCUGUGGUUAUGGUUUGGAAGUAAUGGAAUUAUGUACUUAAAAUAUGCAUUUAGAAUACAGAUAUGUAAUGUGUUUAGCCCAUAUUACACUAUUCAUAUUACACUAUUCAUAUUACACAUAUUAAACACCCCAGUGCCACUACUGGCCUGAGAAUACUUACAUUUACACUUAUAUAGCGCCGUUCUCCCACUCGAGGCAAUUUUUUUUUUAGGGUAUCCAUUUUUUUGAGCAAUUUAGAGUAUCCAAUUUACCUGAUCUCCCUGUUUUUUUUGGCUGUGGGAGGAAACUGGGUUCCCUGGAGAAACACUACGCAGUAGAGCAGAUAGGUAAAAGAGUGUAAUAGAGUGCACAGUGAAGUGAACAAUGUUUAAAAACUUCAGCAGCACUGCUGUAUCUGAUACACUUGUACCAGCAUUACAUAUGAACACUGCCACAUCAGUGUCACUAGUGUGCAGAGAAUGACCCACCCACCAUCCAAAUAAUAUCUGCUCUGUGGGGUCCUGAUCAUUGAAGAACAGAGUGAAAGGAGGAUAAUAAAGUAUGCAGAGAAACAUAAUGACUCCAGUCUUUAAUUAUAGAACGUAUUAGAUCACUUUAUUAGGUAUUUAAACCAUUAUCCAUCAACAGUGCAGUACUGAUAUAUAUGGGGAUAAUAUUUAUUAAAA